AUGUAUGUGGUGAAGAGAGAUGGGAGGCAAGAGGCGGUGCAUUUUGAUAAGAUCACUGCACGCCUCAAGAAACUCAGUUAUGGUUUAAGCACCGAACACUGUGACCCUGUUCUUGUAUCUCAGAAAGUGUGCGCGGGCGUCUACAAGGGCGUUACCACCAGUCAACUCGACGAGUUGGCGGCGGAAACUGCAGCUGCCUUGACCGCCAACCACCCUGACUAUGCUUCCUUGGCUGCGAGGAUUGCUGUUUCUAAUUUGCACAAGAACACGAAGAAGUCGUUUUCCGAGACGAUUAAGAUUAUGUAUAAUCAUUUUAAUCAGAGAUCUGGAAUGAAGGCUCCUCUGAUUGCUGAUGAUAUCUAUGAAAUUAUCAUCCAGAAUGCGGCCCGAUUGGACAGUGAGAUAAUCUAUGAUAGGGAUUUUGACUAUGAUUACUUUGGCUUCAAAACCCUUGAAAGGUCCUAUCUCUUAAAGGUUCAAGGAAAGGUUGUGGAAAGACCACAGCACAUGUUGAUGAGGGUUGCUGUUGGAAUUCAUAAGGAUGACAUUGAUUCUGCCGUCAAGACUUACCACAUGAUGUCUCAACGAUGGUUCACUCAUGCGUCUCCUACUCUUUUCAAUGCAGGAACACCUAGGCCACAGUUGAGUAGUUGCUUCCUUGUGUGUAUGAAAGAUGAUAGUAUAGAGGGAAUAUAUGACACUUUGAAGGAGUGUGCUAUCAUUAGCAAAUCAGCUGGAGGGAUUGGUGUUUCUGUUCACAACAUUCGAGCCACAGGCAGUUACAUCCGUGGCACAAAUGGAACAUCAAAUGGUAUUGUUCCUAUGCUGCGUGUGUUCAAUGAUACUGCUCGUUAUGUUGAUCAAGGGGGAGGCAAGAGGAAAGGUGCAUUUGCUGUGUACCUAGAGCCAUGGCAUGCUGAUAUAUUUGAAUUCCUGGAUUUAAGGAAAAAUCAUGGGAAGGAAGAGCAUCGUGCUAGAGAUUUAUUUUAUGCUCUUUGGGUGCCUGAUCUCUUUAUGGAAAGAGUUCAGAGCAAUGGGCAAUGGUCUUUGUUUUGCCCCAAUGAAGCACCAGGUUUGGCUGAUUGUUGGGGGGAAGAAUUUGAGAAACUGUACACUCAGUAUGAAAAAGAAGGAAAAGCAAAGAAGGUUGUUCAGGCACAGAACCUCUGGUUUGAAAUUUUGAAGUCCCAGAUUGAAACUGGAACCCCUUACAUGCUUUUUAAGGAUACUUGCAACAGGAAAAGCAAUCAACAGAAUUUAGGCACAAUCAAAUCAUCAAACCUUUGCACUGAAAUAAUUGAGUACACAAGUCCAACAGAAACUGCUGUGUGCAAUUUGGCAUCAAUUGCUCUGCCACGAUAUGUAAGAGAGAAGGGUGUGCCCAUGGAAUCUCAUCCAUCUAAGCUUGUUGGGAGCAGAGGCUCAAAAAACCGAUACUUUGAUUUUGACAAAUUGGGAGAGGUUACUGCAACGGUGACAACAAACCUUAAUAAAAUAAUUGAUGUUAAUUACUACCCUAUCGAGAAUGCUAGAAGAUCAAACUUACGCCACAGACCCAUUGGUAUUGGAGUUCAGGGUCUUGCUGAUACAUUCAUAUUACUUGGCAUGGCAUUUGAUUCACCAGAAGCUCAACAGUUAAACAAGGAUAUAUUUGAGACUAUAUACUAUCACGCUCUAAAAACUUCUUGUGAAUUGGCUGCUAAAGAAGGUCCCUAUGAAACAUAUAGUGGGAGUCCAAUGAGUAAGGGAAUUCUUCAGCCAGAUAUGUGGGGUGUGAUGCCCUCGAGUCGUUGGAAUUGGGAUGCACUUCGGGAGAUGAUAUCUAAGACGGGUGUGAGAAAUUCACUUCUUGUUGCCCCUAUGCCAACUGCAUCUACUAGCCAGAUUCUUGGCAAUAACGAGUGUUUUGAGCCAUAUACUUCUAAUAUUUACAGUCGCAGAGUUCUAAGUGGUGAAUUUGUUGUAGUGAACAAGCAUUUACUUCAUGACUUGACCGAAAUGGGGCUUUGGUCUCCUACAAUCAAGAAUAAGAUAAUAUAUGAGGAUGGUUCGGUUCAGAAAAUCCCAGAAAUAACUGAUGAGCUAAAAAUCAUAUACAAGACUGUUUGGGAGAUAAAGCAAAAGACAUUGGUUGAUAUGGCUGUUGAUCGAGGAUGCUACAUAGAUCAGAGUCAGAGUUUAAAUAUUCACAUGGAUCAACCCAACUUUGGAAAGUUGACUUCCUUGCAUUUCUAUGCAUGGUCAAAGGGUUUGAAGACUGGGAUGUAUUAUCUGCGAUCACGUGCAGCAGCUGAUGCUAUCAAGUUCACUGUUGAUACCUCUAUGCUCAAAGAAAAACCUACGGUGGAGGAAGAGGACGAUAAUACCAAGAUGGCGCAGAUGGUGUGCUCUCUAACAAACAGAGAUGAGUGCCUGGCCUGUGGAAGUCGGCUAUAUCACUGUUACAACCUUCUUUCUGAUCACCGACCUGCUGAAAACCCUCAAGUUGGUUCUCUCCACAGAAACGCAACCUAG